UGUAAAAGUUUGACUCCCAGUGUUUUGGGAGGAUAUGAUCUCCUGGGCACCCUGGCAGCUCUCGACUUGACCUAGCAGAAUCCAGGAGCAGUGGGCAGGAUGCUGAAACAAUUGUUUGACCAGUCUACUGAAAUAAACUGUGAAUCAAUGUGUCCAGUGGAAGACGGAAAGCUACAAAAAUGAGCAACGAAACUACACCUGAGCCUGUGUCCUCUCCUCCCUCACAAGGCCAGAGAUACUUUGAUCGAUAUACAGACGAUGAUCCGGAGUAUUUACGCAUUCGAAACAUGGCAGCUGAUCUCAGACAGGAUUUCAAUGUAAUGGAGCAAAAGAAACGAGUCACCAUGAUCCUACAGAGCCCAUCUUUCAGAGAAGAGCUGGAGAGUCUUAUCCAGGAGCAGAUGAAGAAAGGAAACAACUCCUCUAACAUCUGGGCUCUCAGACAAAUUGCUGACUUCAUGGCCUGCACAGCUCCCUCUGUCUUCCCUGCUUGUCCUGUCAAUAGCUCCAUGGUGAUACCCAUCAACGACAUGCACUGCAACGAACCCAUUCCCCUGGCAAAGGGCGAGAGACUCAUGAGAUGUAAACUUGCCAGUGUUUACAGACUGCUGGAUCUUUAUGGAUGGGCCCAACUUAGUGGGACCUUUGCUUCGAUAAGAGUGAAUAAAGAACAGGACCAUUUCUUAAUCAGCCCCAGAGGAAUCGGUUGUUCUGAGGUGACGGCGUCAAGUCUCGUAAAGGUCAAUAUUUUGGGGGAGAUGGUGGAGACAGGUUGCACUAACUUUGAGGUUGACACCUAUGACUUCAGCUUGCACUCUGCCAUCUACUCAGCACGACCAGACGUGAGAUGCAUCAUCCAACUACACACAGCAGCAACGACCGCGGUGUCAGCCAUGAAAUGCGGCCUUUUGCCCAUCUCCCAUGAUGCUCUGCUGGCUGGUGAGGUGGUGUACUUUGAAUACAAUGGAAGUAUGGAAGAGGAGAAGGACAGAAUUGAACUUCAAAAGCGUCUCGGACCUACAUGCAAGAUUCUCGUUCUACGAAACCAUGGAGUGGUUGCAUUAGGAGAAUCGGUGGAAGAAGCUUUCUAUAAAAUAUUUCACCUGCAGGAAGCUUGUGAAAUUCAGGUCUCAGCUGUUCCUAGUGCCGGAGGGCCAGACAACCUAAUCCUGCUGGACAGGGAGAAGUAUCGUCCUCAUGAAGUGGGGACAGUGGGCUGGGCGGGGAGCAUGUUUGGACCCAUGCAGAAGAGCAGGUUGGGAGAGCAUGAAUUUGAGGCAUUGAUGAGAAUGAUGGAUAAUUUGGGUUACCGCACUGGAUAUGCUUACAGACACCCAUUUGUCCAAGAAAAAACAAGACAUAAGAGUGAUGUGGAGAUCCCGGCCACUGUUACUGCCUUUGUUUUCGAGGAUGAAGGUGUUCCUCUCUCCACACUACGUCAACAUGCUCAGAAGCAGCAGAAGGAGAAGACUCGCUGGCUUAAUACACCAAACACUUAUUUACGGGUCAAUGUAGGCGAGGAAAAUGUAGGAAGCCCCAGGAGCAAGACCACGUGGUUGAAAGCAGAUGAGGUGGUGAAGCCUAGCAGUGGAAUGCCUAUACGUAUUGAAAAUCCCAAUCAGUUUGUUCCACUGUUUACAGAUCCUCGUGAAGUCCUCGAGACAAGAAACAAGAUACGAGAACAAAAUCGACAAGAUGUGAAAUCUGCUGGACCUCAGUCUCAAUUAUUAGCUAGUGUCAUAACAGAUAAAAGCAGAAGUCCGUCGGCGGAAAGCAAUCUAGCUUCCAAAACAGAAAUAGAUUCAAAGGAACAACCACAGGAAGAAACCCCAGUAGAACCAGAACCACCAAACCCAUUUAGCCAACUGACUGACCAGGAACUGGAGGAAUACAAAAAGGAGGUGGAAAGGAAGAAGACGGCCCCUGAUGAUUUAGGUGACAAGGAAGCAACCAAUGAGGACUCACAGCCUUCUUUGGUGACCCCACCUACAUCUCCAGCCAGAAGCCCCUCAAAAACAACAGGUGUAUUUGUAUCUCCUUCAAAGUCUUCAGAAGGAGUAGAGAGGAAAGAGGACAUACAAACAGCCACAGACUUAGAGACUGCAGAAGAAAAGGUCUUGCCAUCUGUGGUAUUAAAUGGAAAAGAGGAAGAUCAGUCUCGUCCUGAGGAAACUCCGGCAAAAGUCACAGACACAGAAACCCCAAAAGAGAAAAAUGACCCACCACCCAGCGCUUCUCCAGAAGGUUCCCCCACCAAGUCACCCUCCAAAAAGAAAAAGAAAUUCCGCACACCCUCCUUCCUUAAGAAAGGAAAGAAGAAAGAAAAGGAAAAAGCAGAGUCCUGAUCUCCUGGCGUAUGAGAUCAUGAUUUUAGAAAACUGUUUCCCAUAUAGGGUAUACAACAAGCCUCUUUGCUUCCAGAGCCUCAGGUGUGGCAGCGAAGGGGGUUAAAUGUACCCCUUCAACUUAAGGACAUGAAGAUUACAUGGAAUGCUUGUUCAUGGUAGGGAUGAGUAAACGUGUCUACACAUUUCCCAAAACUCUAGAUUAUUGGUGACAUAUGAUCAACGUAAUAUUUGCCUCCAAUGUUCUUGUGUUUUCACAAAUGUCUAGAAACAUUCACUUCUCCUUAGUACCUGAUUUGUUGGUGGUGUGUGUGUUUUAGGGGACUUGUACUAACUGAGCUAAUACAUCAAAAUACGUUCCCUGCCUUCUCAGACAAUCCCACUUUACUUUACAAUAAAUAAAAGUAUCUCUUUUUCUCUUUGGACCAUUUAACCAUAUUUGGUAUCAGAGAGACGUCAGUGCAUAUCUCUCUGCUACUGGGAAGAUAGGUUAGCGCUACAACUGAAUUGAUUACAACAUCCGAUUCCUUAAUCAUGUGUAAAGAAGAACUUUGGUUUUAUGAUUUUCCAAAAAAAGUUCUUCUCCUUACUAUAUCUUGGUAUUUAAGAGUAAGUUAUGUUUUUUUUUUUCUCUUUUAGUCAUGUACUAGAAAUAGUAAAAGGAGCAGAAGGUAAUUUUUUUCCAAAAGAUAGCUUUGUGUGGUGCAAUCUAAUUUAAAGGGACACUAAAACGUGCUGAGUCUCAUUUGUUCAAGGCAAAAACUGAAAAAAAAGGAUUUCUCUGGAGUAGGAACUGAAGAGUUUGUGAUAAGUUUCAUUUAGUAUUGACUGCAUGGGUGGCUUUUAGUGGCUGGAUUCUCUACAUGCGCUUGUUAAAAACCUGGUAAAAUGGAUAAAUAAUACUGGAACUAUGUGAGUUGUGAUUUAGUAAAUUGAUUGUCACAGAGAGGUCAAUUCACUCAACAAGGAUAUGCAAGGUCAACUGACGUACAAAAUAUAUGUAAAAAAAGAUGGAAUGCAAUUUCUUAUUUGGCUCAGUUGGAUUUUUUUUAUUUUUACAUUUUGUAAGUCAAUUGUCAAUGCAUUGCAUUUUACUGUAUAUUGAAUAGACCAGUGU